GCACAUUGGCAGUUGAUUAUUUCAUUAAUUGCACAUUAAUAUAAUGCAAUGUAUUGCCAAUAUCAGCCUUAAUUGUCUGUAAUGGCCUUUAAAAAGUUUGGUUUUAUCAUGAUUACUUUCCUUGCUUUUAUAGAUGCUGUAGCUAAAUGGUUACAAGAAGGGACAGUUGAUUUAACUGUCAAACGUGUUCAAAUUCUUGGUCCUCCUGGCUCUGGUAAAACAUGUUCUCGACGUCUCUUACUCAAUGAAGACCCACCCAAAAAUGCUGUCACUGACAGCACACCAAUAGCUUGCCGUGCUGUCAAAGCUACAAGAAUAUCGAUUGCAGAUGGUUGUAUGAAAGAAGUUGAUGCUAAAUCUCUUCUUUCAAGGUUGGCAUCCGAUUUAAAGGAAGAAGUAUCAAAACAAAAGGAAGCUUUGGCUGCAUCUGCAGAACCAAAAGAAGCACCAACAGAAGACCAGCAUGAUUCAAAGAAGAAAUUUUCAGAAUCAAUUCCUAGCCCUAUUGAUAUUCCUAAUGAGACUGAAACAAUACCAGAACCAGAAUUAGCAGAUACAAUAGAAUCAGGAGAUACCAGAGCAGAUAAUCCUUAUUUAAGUAAAAUACGCAAAGAUAUUCUUGAGGCCAUUCCAACUGCAAAAGGCAAUUUAAAAUGUCGUUGGGUAUACAUUAUCGAUUCUGGUGGUCAGACAGCUUUUCAAGAGUUAUUGCCUUUGUUUACUAGAGCAGCUUCUCUGAAUAUCAUCACACUAGACCUUUCUAAAAGUAAGGAUGAGAAGCUUGAUCUAAAGUAUCGAAUUAAAGAAAGGCAAUUUACUUGUGACCAAGAUUUUUCAUAUACAAAUAUUGAAUUUGUACAGGAUGUGCUGUCCUCUGGAGCUAUUUUACAGCCUUACCACUCACCAUGCUCAGAUGACAAUACUACGGCUCUUCAGUACCCAGAAUAUUUUGUUCUGGGUACACAUGAAGAUAUAGCAACACAAGAACAGAUUGAUAAAUAUAACGAAGAGCUAUCGCUAUUAACACAUGACUGUGGAGCCGAAAAUGGAUAUCGCAUCAUUCCUGCUAAACUUGGUAAAAUUAUAUUCCCAGUCAAUACAAUGCUUGACUCUCGCUAUGAAAGACAAAAACUAUCCAAAAAGCUUUGUAAUGCAAUAUUUCACGAUGAUACUUCUGAUGAUACCUCUGACGAUACUUCUGACGAUACUUCUGAUGAUACUUCUGAUGAUACCUCUCAUGAUACAUUCAAAAUGCCAGUUCGAUGGUUUGCUUUUGAGUUAGAGUUGCUUGAGAAAGCAGGAAAUGACAGCUGCCUCAAGAUGGAUGAUGUCUUGUCUAUUGGAAGGAGCCUUGAAAUGAAUGAAGAUGAUACCAAGCUAGCUCUACAGCACCUUCACAAAUACACAAUUAUUCUUUAUUAUCCUCAAGUUUUACCAGAGAUAGUGUUUGUUGAUCCUCAUCCUAUUCUUGAUAUUCUCUCGCGUUUAUUAGCUCUUACUUAUAAAAUUGAUACAGAUUAUUUGUCUCUCUUUACAAAGAAGGGAGCAAAAAUAUUAUUCUCUGAUGGUUUACAUAACCUAAGGAAGAGAGGAAUAUUUACUGAAUCACUGCUGGACAAGUUAAAAGAUGAUCGGGCAUUUUCUAAAUCUGAUUUCAUCAAGCUUUUGCUUCACUUACACAUCAUCAUUGAGAUAGAUGAUGGUUAUUUCAGCCCAUUCGCAUUGCCUCCUUUUGGAUCUUCAGGUCCUCCUCCAAAGUCAGAUAUUAACCCACUACUAAUAGUCUGGCGCAAUCCCAUUACUACACAAAUUUUGCCUGUUCCCCGUGGAAUUUUCCCUUUAGCAGUUGUCAAUUUAAUGACAUUCAAGCAACCACAAUUUUGUUUGCCUCCAGCAGCUCCCCGAAUGCAUCAAAAAUAUUUCAGGCAUCGAGAUGCCAUGUCUUUUCGUGUUCGUGUUCAUGAUGAACUCAUUGGCACCAUUCAUUUCAUUAAGAAACACCGACAUAUUGAAAUUUACUUUGAAACCAAUGAACUGAAAUAUUGUCCACUUAUCUGCAAAGCAGUAACAGAAGCUAUUAAUAGAAGUAGUGUCGCCAUUAACUUGAAACCUGAUAGUCAUGAGUUCGCCUUUGGUUGCUCUACUGAGGACUGCUACUGUAUUGUGAAAAAAGAAGAUGAAAAGAAAGCUGAAUGCACUUUAUGCACAAAACCACCUCUUAUCAGUGGGCUAGAGACACACUGGAGCUGGUUUCAUCUCACUUAUCAAAACUCAACUGAAGCUUCAAAGACACUUGACAUCACUUACCUUCAAAAAGUAUUGAAUUUACUCAGAGAAGGUUAUUUUAAUGGUGACUGGGAGGGACUUGGUCUAGAAUUAGGCCUCUAUCAACAUCCAACACUCUCAAACAUACAGUACAACUACACCAGAGGUGCUGCUCUUAGAGAAUGCCUUGCUACUUGGUUGCUAAAAGCUGAUGCUGUGGAUGAUAAUGGCGGAGUGACCUAUGUCUCGCUUGCUAAUGCUGUUGAAAGAUUAAGUCAAAAAUCUGUAGCUGAUUAUAUACGCAGAAAAUGCCAAAUUGAUUGUUCACAGGAAGAAAUCAUUAGUAUUGGAAAAUGCGGAAUUGAUUGUUCACAGGAAGAAUUAAUUACAUGUAGUAUUGGAAAAUGCGGAAUUGAUUGUUUACAGAAAGAAAUCAGUAGUAUUGAGUUCAGUGAAAGCCCACAAAGCAAGCCAAUGCCAGCACAAGACAACAGUCAUAUUGCAGAGGAAGAAGAAAAACAGAAACAAGUAGCAGAAGAAAGCACAGUAGUUCGCCAAAGAAUUCUAAAUGUUGAGGAACCUCAAGUGCUUUCUCCAUCUCCACAAGAGCUCAAAAAAACAGGUAGUUCGUGUAGUUAUUUGCAAGUCAUGAUUGCAUUUAUAUGCAUUGCACUUUUUGCUAUUGUGGGCAUAAUGAGCUACCUGGUCUUUGUCAUUCAAGGUGGAAGAAAUUUUUAAUAGUGAGCUCGUCCACUAUUAUAACAAUGUAAUGCAAUUUUGUAACAGGAUACAAGUUGCAAAAAUUACCCUUUUUCAAGUUGAAUGAUUAUUAAUUUGAUAUUUUAAUUUUUAAAAUGUAAAACUACAACUGCCACUUUUGUUUGAUAUCCAAAUAAUAUUAUUUGGAUCACUUUUUGCUGUUUGACGAUUAAUUUUGCUGAUAUUAAAUAAAUAAAAUUA